AUGUAUACGACAGUAAUCGUACUAUUUUUACUCAUAAAUGGGCUUUCAGCGACUUCAUCGGAGAGUUCAUCAUCUGCGAUGUCGGAUUUACUCAUAAAAGCGCUGGUGAAAACGUUCUCAACGCCGAUUAGUUUUGACGAAACAAAAUCAAAAUUCUCGUUGGAAAUUAUGUUAGCAAACGAUGUGUUUACUCUGGACGACGCUCUGCGCUUAUUUAUCCAACAGUUUCUUUUGGGUAUAUACGAUGGUAAUUACCACUUUUUAGAUGAUGAUUGGGAAACGAAAUAUCCCGCUUACGGCCGAAUUAUUAGUGAAAUUAAUCGCGUUCUCGACUUAAUUAGUGAACGAAAAUUAUCUGAAAUCGGUAUGAAAGACAUUCGACCGUUAGUUGCGACGUUAACACCUACAGCAUUCGUUGAUUUACAACGUCUAUUAAAGACACUUCGAGAUAAAGCGAAAAAAGAAGAAGAUGAGGAAGCAAAGGUAGAAUUAUAA